CAAAGGCAACAACGCCGGCUUGCAGCAGCCGCACGCAGCUUUCAACUUCCAUCGGAAACCCACGGCUUCCAAUAUAUCCAUGUCCCGUCGCGUGCCCGCCAACCAGCAGGACAAAUCAGAGCCAAUCUCCGUCGCUUUGGUAUUGGCAACAGCCGAGUGCUCGACAUCCAAUAUCCGGCCCGACAACUGGUCGGAAUUCUAGUCCAUAACGACUAUGCACCAACGGUUAAAGAAAAACUACAGUCCAUCAACAUCAAAACAACUACCUUCGACCCCCUCGAUCCUAAGAACAUCCACGACCCAAAAUACAAAGAUGAAUCAAGAGACACAAAAGCCCAAAUAGCACUUGAACUACAGUAUCAACGAGCUUUACGCUCGCUACAGUACAUCCGAGAGCCCGUGAAAUACGCAGUAGCUCGAGCCUUCCACGACUGCGGCUGGAUAGCUACUGAAGAUUUGAAAGAAAUCCUAGCAAAGCGACGA